CUUUGCAGUAGGAGAAGCCUGAACCAUUUUAAGCAUUAGCCCUGAGCAAGGAGAAUGCCUUUGACAGCGGGAGCAAAAAGGCCGGGAGACGACCUGGCCGUGGUGUCAGUCCCUAAAAGAGGGAAGCUGGACCUCGUGUCAUCUGAUCAGUCUACUUCAGUUGCUGCUACUGGUCCACCAAGAACAUCUAGCUUGUUAUCCCCAAUUAUGCUGCUCACUGGUCAUGAAGCUGAUGUCUUCUGUGGAAAGUUUCACCCCGAAGGUCAAUUCCUGGUUACUGCUGGAUAUGACCGACAGCUGUUCUUUUGGAAUGUGUAUGGUGAAUGCAAUAAUUUUGCUGUACUACCUGGGCAUUCUGGUGCCAUCCUAGAGGUGCAGUUUUCACCUGAUGGAAACACGCUUUAUAGUGCAAGUACUGAUAAAACCAUUGGCAUGUGGGAUGUCCAAACUGGUGCCAGGCUGAAGAAGAUGAAAGGACACACAAGCUUUGUGAAUAGCUGUGGUGUGGCCAGACGAGGUCCUCCACUCAUUGUGAGUGGUUCAGAUGAUUGCACAGUGAAAAUGUGGGAUUCUCGGCGGAAGGGUGCCAUACUUUCCCUGCAAUGUACAUAUCCAGUCACUGCUGUCUCGUUCAAUGACACCUCUGACCAUAUUUAUAGUUCUGGGAUUGAUAAUGAUAUCAAGGUGUGGGAUCUGAGGAAAUCUAGUCUAACCAUGAGACUCAGAGGUCACACAGACAGUGUGACAGGGAUGAGUUUGAGCUCUGAUGGCAAUCUACUCCUCACUAAUUCCAUGGAUAAUACUUUAAGGAUAUGGGAUAUCAGACCAUUUGCCCCAGCUGAUCGUAUGGUGAAGAUAUUUUCAGGACAUGCUCAUAGCUUUGAAAAGAAUUUGCUGCGAUGCAGCUGGUCUCCAAAUGGAAUGCAGGUAGCAGCAGGCUCUGCAGACAAGUUUGUUCAUGUUUGGGAUGUGAACAGCCGGAGGAUAUUGUAUAAGUUGCCUGGCCACACAGGCUCUGUCAAUGAAGUUGUCUUCCAUCCAAGGGAGCCAAUUCCCUUUGCCAGCAGACUGUUUUCAGUCCUUCGCUUUGAAUCUGUGAUUCAUGAAUUUGACCCAUAUUUCAACUAUCGGACAACAUGGUUUCUGGCUGAUGAAGGGUUCUACAAGUUUCACAAUUGGUUUGAUGACAGGGCAUGGUAUCCACUUGGGAGGAUCAUUGGAGGAACAAUUUAUCCUGGCUUGAUGCUCACAUCAACUGCUAUCUACCAUAUCCUCCAUUUUCUCAAUGUCACCAUCCACAUACGAGAGAUAUGUGUGUUUCUUGCACCAGUUUUUUCUGGGCUUACAACCAUUGUUACCUACCUUCUCACAAAGGAGCUCAAGGAUUCAGGAGCUGGACUGACGGCAGCUGUUUUUAUCGCAAUAGUUCCGGGCUAUAUAUCCCGUUCUGUUGCUGGUUCCUAUGACAAUGAAGGAAUUGCAAUCUUUUGCAUGCUCCUCACCUACUACUUGUGGAUAAAGUCUGUUAAGACAGGAUCUCUUUUCUGGUCUGUCAUGGCUGCCCUUGCUUACUUCUACAUGGUUUCAUCAUGGGGAGGAUAUGUAUUCCUCAUGAACCUCAUACCCAUACAUGUCCUUGCCUUGAUGGUCACUGGAAGAUUCUCUCAGCGCAUUUAUGUUGCUUAUUCUGUCCUCUACAUCCUGGGAACAAUUCUCUCCAUGCAAAUCCCAUUUGUUGGGUUCCAGCCAGUUCAGAGCUCAGAGCAUCUUGCUGCUUUUGGAGUGUUCGGGUUGGUGCAGUUGCAUGCAUUUUUAGACUAUGUGAGAAGCAAACUGUCAAAAGAACAGUUCAGUGUUCUCUUCCGAUCCCUCAUCAUGGGUGUUCUUGCCUUGGGUGGACUCUUUGUCAUGAUCCUUUCCAUCACAGGGAAAAUCUCCCCUUGGACUGGUCGCUUUUAUUCACUACUGGAUCCAUCAUAUGCCAAGAACAACAUUCCCAUCAUUGCUAGUGUGUCAGAGCAUCAACCAACAACUUGGUCAUCCUUCUACUUUGACCUCCAGAUUAUGGUCUUUCUCUUCCCUGUUGGGAUUUACUUCUGCUUCACAAAGCUCACUGAUGCCAACAUAUUCAUAAUUUUGUAUGGCAUUACUGCCAUAUAUUUUGCUGGCGUGAUGGUGCGACUGAUGCUAGUCUUGGCUCCUGUCAUGUGCAUCCUUUCUGGGAUUGCUGCAUCCUCCAUGCUUUCUAAUUAUGUCAAGAAUCUGGAUGCGAUUCCCUCUGUCUCUGCAUCUGAGAAGAAGGUGAAGAAGGGGGAAGGGAACUACUUCAUGAGAACUGAGAUUGCUUAUGGAUUCCUGGGAAUUAUGAUGGUGAUGUUCUUUACAUACACAAUGCAUUGUACAUGGGUUACAAGUGAGGCAUACUCAUCCCCUUCCAUUGUUCUUGGGGCCCGAGCCCAUGAUGGGUCUCGUAUCAUCUUUGAUGACUUUCGAGAAGCCUACUACUGGCUACGACAGAAUACCCCUGAGGAUGCCAAAGUGAUGUCCUGGUGGGACUAUGGGUAUCAGAUUACAGCCAUGGCGAAUCGCACAAUAUUGGUUGACAACAAUACCUGGAAUAACACUCACAUCUCACGUGUGGGUCAAGCCAUGGCUUCCCCAGAAGACAAGGCAUAUGAAAUCAUGCGAGAGCUUGAUGUAGAUUAUGUCCUAGUCAUUUUUGGAGGACUUACUGGAUAUUCUUCUGAUGACAUCAACAAGUUCCUUUGGAUGGUACGUAUUGGUGGGAGCACAGACAGAGGUCAGCACAUCAAGGAAUGGGACUACUACACACCCCAGGGGGAAUUCCGUGUUGACAAAGAGGGUUCUCCAAAGCUUCUCAAUUGCCUCAUGUAUAAGAUGUCUUACUAUAGGUUUGGCAGCAUGUAUACUGAAGCUGGGAAACCACCUGGCUAUGAUCGAGUGAGAAAUGCAGAAAUCGGUAACAAAGAUUUUGAAUUGGAUGUAUUAGAAGAGGCCUACACAACUGAGCAUUGGAUUGUUCGCAUUUAUAAAGUGAAGGACCUUCCUAAUCGUGGAGUGUGAUUCCAGAUGUUCCUUUGACAAAGAUCUCAUGACUUGACCCUCUUCUAUUCUUUCUCAUCCCCCAUCUUUCCUCUAUGAAAAUUGGAAUUUCUUGGAAAUUUUUUUUGGGUUGCCUCCCAUUUGUUGAUGUUAUUCCAGGGUGAUCAAGAUGAGUUAUUUAUCAAACUUUUGAGGUUUGGAAAUGAUAAGUGCCUUCUUAUUUGUAUCUCACAUUCUUCCCAAGUUCAUGAGGAUGCACUCUGUUAGCCACUCGAUGAAGCAUUGCCUUAGAACUGCAGUUUCCAUGAUUGACAAUGGUUUAUUAAACUGUAAACAUUAUACAGAGUGAACGUUUGAGUACUACACUUGCCACAGCAUGCCAUAAUGCUCAACUUUCAAUAGAAUGUGCUAAUGCCUGGGCUGUGUAAUGGUAACAGUAGCAGUACCUGUGACAUAAUGGUAAUCAUAUAUUGGAGCUUUCUUUUCUAAUACUGAUCUCCAUCAUUAAAUAUUUUGUUGAUGGCCAUAAGACAGUGGUUAUCUGGUAAAAAAAUAAAUAAAUUUGUUGUAGCCAAAAAGCAGUGAUGGCCCGAAAAGGUUUUGACUGGUGAUAUUCAGGUGUUACUCCCUCAAUUGUGGAUUGCAAGAUUUUUGCAACAGAAAAUCCUUGACAUGGAGGGAGCACCUGAGGUAUGUCAGUUCAAGGUCUUGUAACAGGUUAAUGUACUUGAGCUUCUAAUGAAUGCUCUCUGUUACAAGUUUUCUUCAAUGCUUGUCCCCAUGCACAUGCCCUUUGUGCUCAAGAAAUUAUAUAAAACUUUGAUUUUUCAGGUUAAAAAAUAGACUCAUUGAGUGAGUGGUGUUUUUGAGAACUCAAAAUAAAGGCUGAUGUG